AAGUGUCUCCGUUCUAUGGACGAGUUCGAGUUUCUCAGUGCUUCGGUCGUGUGGUAACAGGACACCAGUGACCUGGGAUAGCGGAUUUGAGUGCACGGUGGUACAUGGGCUACCAAAAGUCCUCGAUGCAUUCAUCUAUUAUUACCAUUACCUGGAGAAGACGAAAAUGUUUUUGCUUUUCGCAAGUGUCCGCGUGCUUAUUAGUUUAUAAUUGCUAAUUACUUCGAAGUAUUUAUCGCUGACAUCGGAAAAUCGUGGUUACCAAGGCUGCUUACUCGUAAGCCAUGAUUUAAGCUCACCUUUCUUCUAAACUAGCUAAAUAGCUAGCUGACUACUAAUCGGUAAGCUUAUCGUUAAGUGAAACACCGGGUACUUUUACUUUGCACGUAGUUGCCACAAAAUGGCAAGUACUUUGAAAAGGCAAUUCUUAAAACUUUGGCACUAUCUGCAAGAUCCACAUCACGUAGCGCGAUUCCAACAAAUGUGUGGCGUUAGAGGGACAUUUUCAAGAAGUCCCCCAGAUCUGACCGAGACGAAGCAGUUGCUUGGCAACGGCACAUAUGGUAACGGGUUCCUGGACGGCGGAGGUGAGGGAGAGACCUCCGAUACUCUGCGGCAGCGACAGAGCCCCUCUACUGAGACCUGCUGUAGGGCAGAGGAGUCCGGCAGUGAUGGUCGGUUAAUGGAGACCUCUGUGGCUCAAGCUGCGGAGGCGACAUCAGGGGGUCGCGAUCGCUAUAAUAAUCCCAACUCCGGGGGAGCCAGCGAUGGCCGACAGCCACAGGCGACCGGGGUCAUUUCGGAAAGCUGUCCGAGUAACAGCCCUGGCCCUGAUGCCAUGGCAGCGGUCACAGAUGACCUGAGCUGCCCUCUUAGCACUCUUAAACCUCUGCGCAAGAACUCUCUGACGGGCGACGCGGGACAAGAGUUUCUCAUCGAGAAUAAGUUUCUAUUCUACCUGUUCACUUUCGGAACCGAGCUUGGCAACGAACUCUUCUACAUCACUUUCUUCCCCUUUUUCAUCUGGAACGUGGACGCGUACGUGAGCCGGCAGCUGAUCGUGGUGUGGGUCUGGGUGAUGUACGUGGGCCAGUGCACCAAGGACCUAUUCCGGUGGCCCCGGCCCGCGUCACCGCCCGUGGUCAAGGUGGAGAUGUUCUACAACUCGGAGUACAGCAUGCCCUCCACGCACGCGAUGUCCGGCACCGCCAUACCCCUCUCCAUGUUCCUGCUCACCUACGGACGCUGGGAGUACCCGUUCCUGAUGGGCUUCUCCUUGGCGUUGAGCUGGUGUGUGUUGGUGUGUGUGAGCCGCAUCUACAUGGGUAUGCAUUCUAUCCUGGACAUCAUUGUGGGUGUCCUGUACAGCCUGCUGAUCCUGCUGGUGUUGGGCCCGGCCCUGGAGCCCAUCGACCGCUUCACCCGGAGCCAGCAGAGUCACUCCGUGUGUGUGUGUGUGUGUGUGUGUGCGUGUGUGGUGUGUGUGCACGUGGGCCUGGGGCUGCUCUCCUUCACGCUGGACACCUGGAGCACGUCCCGCGGCGACACGGCCCAGAUCCUGGGCACGGGCGCCGGGGUGGCGCUGGCCUCCCACGUCAACACACACCUGGGGCUGGUGCCCGACCCGCCCGCCUCGGCGCUGCCCCUGCGCCCGCCCCCGCUGGGCCUGGCACUGGUGGGCGCGUGCCUGCUGCGCUUCGUGCUGGGCGUGCUGCUGCUGCUGGCCACGCGGGCGCUCAUGAAGGCCGUCACCAUCCCGCUGGCGUGCCGCGUGGCAGGGGUGCCCGCGGGCGACGUGAGGAAGGCGCGCCAGCACAUGGAGGUGGAGCUGCCCUACCGCUACAUCGUGUACGGCACCGUCGGCUUCAACGCCCUCUUCCUGGUGCCCAUGGUCUUCAGCUGCCUGGGCCUGUCCUGAUUGGCUACAGGAGCCACCAAUGACAUUCCUCUCCUUCCUUCCACUGACCCCACCGCCCACAGACCAUCAAUGAUUAGAUGGAAAAAUGAUUGAACCGAUCGAAAGCCAAUCAUUUCGUGAAGUGCUGCUGCUGUUUCUUGUAUGUUCUGUGUCAUAUUUUUAUGUGUGUUGUUAGUUUUUUGGCAUUCCGACUGACUUGAGCUCCUGGCAUUCCGACUUUCUGUCUGUGUGUGUUUAAUGAGUUAUCUCCGGGCUGGUUGUGGUUUUCCUAAACCUUAUUUUUACAGUUUUUAUACUCUAUUGUCUCAAGGCCUUUUCUCACCUCACUUAGUCCCGCCCACUCCGAGGGACUUCCAAUGAGGAAAGCCAUGGACAAACAUACGCCACAGGACAGGUCUCUGAUUGGCUGAUUGUAACUUCCUGUGGACUGUACGACUUUUUCCUUUUGUGUUGAUUUAGGAAGGGGUCAUGCUAGAACAGCCCUUCAAAGAGCGAAGUGUAGCGAGUGUGUGUGGUGUGUGUGUGUGUGUGUGUGUGUGUGUGUGUGUGUGUGUGUGUGUGUGUGUGUGUGUGUGUGU